GAGGAGCACGCGGAGAAAGGUCAAGGAGUGGACAAUUCGUCAGAAGCGAGACACUCGUUCAUCAGCGCGCACCCCCAUCCACCCAACCCCCAAACACCGUUUCAAGCGCGCAUCGUUUCCUGCUUGCUCCUCCUCCACGCGCGUUGCGCCUCUGCGCGUGGCGUUCGGUGACCGAGAGGCGAGCGGUGCGAGACGAAGAGCGUUUGAGUGCGUACAUCCAGCGACGGGGUUUUGUUGUUUUUAGGGGGGCACGGGGAGCAGAGAGGGGGGGGGGGCGUGCGAGUGGAGCGUGGAGCGGGGUUGGAGUUUGGAAGAGAGCGCGCGGGAGGUGGAGGAGGAGGGUGGUGCGGGUGGAGACUUUGGCAGCAGCAGCAGCAGUCGCCGGAGUAAGGAUCAUCCCUGCACGGAGUCAUGGGGGAUAUCUCGAGCUUUCUGCACAUCGGAGACUACGUGUCUCUGUACGCCGAGGGCUCGGUCAGCGGCUUCGUGUGCACGCUCGGGUUGGUGGACGAUCGAUGCGUCGUCCAGCCAGACGCCGGCGACCUGAACAAUCCUCCCAAGAAGUUCAGAGAUUGCCUCUUCAAGAUGUGCCCCAUGAACCGCUACUCGGCGCAGAAGCAGUUCUGGAAGGCGGCCAAACCUGGGGUCAACAACGCGCCGGACGCCGUCCUCCUCAAGAAGUUGCAUCACGCCGCCGAGCUGGAGAAAAAGCAAAACGAGACGGAGAACCGGAAGCUGCUGGGGACCGUCAUCCAGUACGGCAACGUCGUGCAGCUGCUGCACAUCAAGAGCAACAAGUACCUGACGGUGAACAAGCGGCUGCCGGCGCUGCUGGAGAAGAACGCCAUGCGCGUGACGCUGGACGGCGCGGGCAACGAGGGCUCGUGGUUCUACGUGCAGCCCUUCUACAAGCUGCGCUCGCCAGGAGAUAGCGUGGUGCUGGGCGACAAGGUGGUGCUGAACCCGGUGAACGCCGGGCAGCCGCUGCACGCCAGCAACUACGAGCUGGUGGACAACCUGGGCUGCAAGGAGGUGAACUCGGUGAACUGCAACACGAGCUGGAAGAUCACGCUGUUCAUGAAGUACUGCGAGAACAAGGACGACAUCCUCAAGGGGGGAGACGUGGUCCGCCUGUUCCACGCGGAGCAGGAGAAGUUCCUGACGUGCGACGAGUACCGCAAGAAGCAGCACGUGUUCUUGCGCACCACCGGGCGUCAGUCGGCGUCAUCCGCCACCAGCUCCAAAGCACUCUGGGAGGUGGAGGUGGUUCAUCACGACCCCUGCAGGGGCGGCGCCGGGCACUGGAACAGCCUCUUCCGCUUCAAGCACCUGGCGACGGGCAACUACCUGGCGGCGGAGGUGAAUCCUGAUUACCGGGAUGAGGCUGAGGAAUCUACCCUCAAAUCUCCUGGCGACGGUGCCGAGUCCUCCGAGUCGGCGUCCCCCGCGCCGCCGCCUCUCCGCAGCCGCCUGCGAGGCGGGGGGCCGGAGCGCGUCAUGUACGCGCUCGUGUGCGUCCCCCACGGCAACGACAUCGCCUCCAUCUUCGAGCUCGACCCCACGACGCUGCAGCGCGGAGACUCGCUCGUGCCCAGGAACUCGUAUGUCAGACUAAGGCACCUGUGCACCAACACGUGGGUCCACAGCACGUCGUCCCUGAUCGACCACGAGGAGGAGAAGCCGGUGAUGAUGAAGAUCGGCACCAGCUCCACCAAGGAGGACAAGGAGGCGUUCGCCGUGGUGCCCGUGUCGCCGGCCGAGGUGCGCGACCUCGACUUCGCCAACGACGCCAGCAAGGUGCUGGGCACCAUCGCCGACAAGCUGGAGAAGUCGACCAUCACGCAGAACGAGCGCAGGUUCGUGAGCAAGCUGCUCGAGGACCUGGUCUUCUUCGUGGCCGACGUGGCCAACUCGGGGCAGGACGUGCUCGAGGUGACCGUGAACAAGCCCAACCGCGAGCGGCAGAAGCUGAUGCGCGAGCAGAACAUCCUGAAGCAGAUCUUCAAGCUGCUGCAGGCGCCGUUUGUGGACGGUGGCGACGGGCCGAUGCUGCGCAUGGAGGAGCUCUCGGACCAGCGUCACGCGCCGUUCCGCCACAUCUGCUGCCUGUGCUACCGCGUGCUGCGCCACUCGCAGCAGGACUACCGCAAGAACCAGGAGUACAUCGCCAAGCAGUUCGGCUUCAUGCAGAAGCAGAUCGGCUACGACGUGUUGGCGGAGGACACCAUCACCGCGCUGCUGCACAACAACCGCAAGCUGCUGGAGAAGCACAUCACGGCCGCCGAGAUCGAGACGUUCGUGUCGCUCGUGCGCAAGAACCGUGAGCCGCGGUUCCUGGACUACCUGUCUGACCUGUGCGUCUCGAACAACACUGCCAUCCCCGUCACCCAGGAGCUCAUCUGCAAGUCGGUGCUGAACCCCAACAACGGAGACAUCCUCAUCGAGACGAAGCUGAUGCUCUCUCAAGUGGAGGUGGAGAUGGAGGAGGAGGAGGGGGGCACGGGCGCCCCCCGCGUGGAGAUGCGCGAGGAGGAGGAGGUGUGGCUCUUCUGGAGCGACGGCGACAAGGGCCAGCGCAGCAAGAGCGUGCGCGACCUGGCGCAGGACGCUCGCGACGGCCAGGCUGAGGACGCCUCCAUCCUCUCGUACUAUCGGUACCAGCUGAACCUCUUCUCGCAGAUGUGCCUCGACCGCCAGUACCUGGCCAUCAACAGCAUCUCGGGCCAGCUGGACGUGGAGCUGCUGCAGCGCUGCAUGGCCGACGAGCAGCUGCCCUUUGACCUGCGAGCUUCGUUCUGCUGCCUCAUGCUGCACAUGCACGUGGACCGCGACCCGCAGGAACCCGUGACGCCCGUGCGCUACGCGCGCCUCUGGUCCGAGAUCCCGUCGCAGAUCACCAUCGACGACUACGACGCGUGCAGCGGGUCGGCGCGCGAGGACGCCAAGCCGCGCUUCGCCCAGACCAUGGUGUUCGCCGAAGAGUACCUACGCGACGUCGUGAGCCAGCCCUUCCCCUUCGCCGACCGCGAGAAGAACAAGCUCACCUUCCAGGUGGUGAACCUAGCCCGGCACCUGGUGUACUUCGGCUUCUACAGCUUCAGCGACCUGCUGCGCCUGACGCGCACGCUGCUCGCCAUCCUCGACUGCGUGCAGAGCUCCCCGAAGCCGCCCGCGGGCCUCCUGCCCGGCAAGACGCAGGCCACCCACCGAGGAAGCCACGUGAUGCGCUCCAUCCACGGCGUGGGCGAGCUCAUGACCCAGGUGGUGCUGAGGGGGGGCGGCUUCCUGCCGGCUCCCCGGACCCCUCCCGCCGGGGGCUGCACAGCCUCCAAGCCGGCCGACGAGCAGGAGCGGGACCUGGUCGUCAUGGACACCAAGCGAAAGAUCAUCGAGAUCCUGCAGUUCAUCCUGAACGUGCGCCUCGACUACCGCAUCUCCUGCCUCCUCUCCAUCUUCAAGCGGGAGUUCGACGAGAGCCACGUGUCGGCGGGGUCCACCUCGGGGAGCCCCUCGGGGAGCUCCUCGGGUGACGUCACCCCCGACGGCGUGGGGGCGACCCCCACCACCCCGUCGGCGGGGAACGGGAGCCUGGAGCUGGAACGGAUUUACGAGCACGCGGAGGCCAUCUUCGAGGGAAACACGGAGAGCGCCGUCCUGGACCUGGACGGGCACGGGGGCCGCACGUUCCUGCGGGUGCUGCUCAACCUCACCAUGCACGACUACCCUCCGCUCGUCUCGGGCGCGUUGCAGCUCCUCUUCAAGCACUUCAGCCAGCGCCAGGAGGUUCUGCAGGCCUUCAAGCAGGUGCAGCUGCUGGUCACCAGCCAGGACGUGGAGAGCUACAAGCAGAUCCGCGCCGACCUCGACCAGCUGCGUCUGCUGGUGGAGAAGUCGGAGCUCUGGGUCUACAAGAGCCGACACUUCCCGCACGCCGGCACGCCCGACGGCGCCGCGUCGGCGGCACGCGCCGACGGCGCACCGGACCUCGCCGGCACCGGGAAGAAGAGGCCAAAGUCCGAGUCGGACCCCCCCACAAGCGUCGUCAUGGACGUGCAGUUUGGGCCAGCGAUGGACUCCAUGAGCAUCAGGAACUACAUCACCAUCCAAGAGAUCCUGGUGCGGCUAAGCCGACUCUGCGUGCAGGAGGGAGCGUUUGGGCGCCGCACGCGCAAGCAGCAGCAGCGCCUGCUGAGGAACAUGGGGGCCCACGUGGUCGUGCUGGAGCUGCUGCAGAUCCCCUACGAGAAGAACGAGGACACGCGAAUGCAGGCCAUCAUGCAGCUCGCCCACGAGUUCCUGCAGAACUUCUGCGCGGGCAACCAGCAGAACCAGGCGCUCCUCUUCAUGCACAUCCACCUCUUCCUCACGCCUGGGCUGCUGGAGGCCCUGACGAUGCAGCACAUCUUCAUGAACAACGCGCAGCUGUGCAGCGAAGUGACGGAGCGCGUGGUGCAGCACUUUGUGCACUGCAUCGAGACGCACGGCCGCCACGUGCAGUAUCUGCGCUUCCUGCAGACCAUCGUGCGCUCCGAGGGCAAGUACAGCAAGAAGUGCCAGGACAUGGUGAUGGCCGAGCUGCUGAACGGCGGCGAGGAGGUGCUCGUGUUCUACACGGACCGCGCCUCCUUCCAGGCGCUCGUGUCCAUGAUGCGCUCGGAGCGCGAGCGCUCGGACGGCGACGGAGCCCUCGCGUACCACGUGACCCUCGUCGAGCUGCUCGCCGCCUGCACUGAGGGCAAGAACGUCUACACGGAGAUCAAGUGCAACUCGCUGCUCCCGCUCGAGGACAUCGCCCGCGUCGUCACGCACGACGAUUGCAUCCCCGAGGUGAAGAUUUCCUACAUCAACUUCCUGAACCACUGCUAUGUGGACACGGAGGUGGAGAUGAAGGAGAUCUACACGAGCAACCACAUGUGGAAGAUGUUCGAGAGCUUCCUGGUGGACAUCAGCCGGGUCUGCAACACGACGACGGACCGCAAGCACGCGGACACGGUGCUGGAGAAGUACGUCACGGAGACGGUGACCAACGUCAUCACCACCUUCUUCAGCUCGCCCUUCUCCGACCAGAGCACCAACCUCCAGGCUCGCCAGCCGAUCUUCGUGCAGCUGCUGCAGGGCGCCUUCCGCGUUUACCACUGCCCCUGGCCUUCGCUCGCUCAGAAGGCGUCCGUGGAGACCUGCAUCAAGACGCUGUCGGACGUCGCGAAGAGCCGAUCCAUUGCGAUCCCCGUGGACCUGGACAGCCAGGUGAACUCGCUGUUCCUCAAGCCGCACUCGCACCUCAUCCAGAAGACGGCGCUCAACUGGAGGAUGAGCGCCCGCAACCUCGCGCGGAGAGAGUCCAUGUCGGGCCUCUCGCUCGACUACCGACACAUCAUCGAGAGGCUGCAGGACAUCGUGGCGACGCUGGAAGAGCAGCUGAGGCCGCUGGUGCAGGCGGAGUUGUCCGUCCUGGUGGACGUCCUCCACCGGCCGGAAAUGCUCUUCCCGGAAGGAACGGACGUCCGGCAGAAAUGUGAGAGCGGCGGAUUUAUCAGCAGGCUGAUUCGUCACACCAAGCAGCUGCUGGAGGAGAACGAGGAGAAGCUGUGCAUCAAGGUGCUCCAGACUCUGCGGGAGAUGCUGGCCAAGGACCGGGUCUACGGUGAAAAGGGAGAGGCGCUGAGACAGACGCUGCUCAACCGCUACUACGGCAGCGCCAGCGGCGCGGGGGGCGGCCUCGCUCGCCGCGCCAGCAUGGCCUACUACGUGAACGGGCCGCUCUCCGCCGCCGCCGCCGUCGCCGCCGCGAGCCGCCCCACCCCGCCGCACGUGACAGGCCUAGGCGCGGUGGCAGCGCUGCAGGAGCAUCACCUGCAGCAGCAGCAGCAGCACCGGCGCGCCGACAUGACGCUAGUGGAGGUGCAGUGCCACCUGGAGAGGGAGGGGGCGGCCGACCUGGUCAUCGACCUCAUCAUGGGCGCCGCCAGCGACCGGGUCUUCCACGAAACCAUCCUCCUCGGCAUCGCGUUGCUCGAGGGCGGCAACACCACCAUACAGCACUCGUUCUUCCGCCGCUUGACGGAGGACCGCCGCUCCGAGUGCUUCUUCCGCGUCUUUCACGAGCGCAUGAAGGCCGCCCAGCAGGAGAUCAAGGCCACGGUGACCGUGAGCGCCAGCGAGCUUGGGGGCCGGCGCCGUGACGACGAGAGCCCACCGGAGAGAGAGCCGCUCAUCCGCCGCCGACGUAUGAGGAGUUCGGUCGCGGGCAUAAGCGAGGAGAUGCGCGAUCAGCUGGCCGAAGCCACCGUCGCCACCCAAAAGGCCUUCAGCCACUACCGGCGGGGUCGCGACCUCGACCCGGACGACGCGGCCGCCGCGGCGGGCAGCAUCGCCGGCGCCGGAGUCGUCAGCGGAGUCGGCGGGGGCCCCAUCGUGGGUGGCGGGGGGGGGCUCGGCGGAGGGGGGGCGGGGGCCCUUGGCGCGACGCGCGACGACGGGGAGAUGAGUCCCGUUGUGGUCAUCAUGGAGCCAAUCUUGCGCUUCUUGCAGCUCAUGUGCGAGAACCACAACAGGGACCUGCAGAACUUCUUGCGCUGCCAGAGCAACAAGACCAACUACAACCUGGUGUGCGAGACGCUGCAGUUCCUCGACUGCAUCUGCGGCAGCACCACGGGCGGCCUGGGCCUGCUGGGCCUCUACAUCAACGAGCGCAACGUGGGGCUCAUCAACCAGACGCUGGAGAGCCUCACCGAGUACUGCCAGGGGCCCUGCCACGAGAACCAGAACUGCAUCGCCACCCACGAAUCGAACGGCAUCGACAUCAUCAUCGCCCUCAUCCUCAACGACAUCAACCCCCUGGGGAAGCAGUGCAUGGGGCUUGUGUUGGAGCUCAAGAACAACGCCUCCAAGCUGCUGCUGGCGAUCAUGGAGAGCCGUCACGACAGCGAGAACGCCGAGAGAAUCCUCUACAACAUGCGUCCCAAGGAGCUGGUGGACGUGAUUAAGAGGGCCUACCAGCAGGGCGAGGAGAGCGGCGGUGGCGCCAGCGACGGCGACAGCGGCGUUGGCGCUGAGGAUGCCGACGACGGCUCUGACCACAUGGGGGCCUCGCCGCGUGACGUGGGACACAACAUCUACAUCCUGGCGCAUCAGCUCGCCCGGCACAACAAGGAGCUGCACCAGAUGCUGAAGCCCGGCGUAGGAGGCCCCGCGGACGAUGGGGACGAGGCCUUGGAGUAUUACGCACGGCACACGGCGCAGAUCGAGGUGGUGCGCCAGGACCGCACGAUGGAGCAGAUCGUGUUUCCCGUGCCCAGCGUGUGCGAGUACCUGACGUGCGAGUCGCAGCUGCGCGUCUACUACACGGCCGAGCGCGACGACCAGGGCAGCAAGAUCAACGACUUCUUCCUGCGCUCCGAGGACCUCUUCCGCGAGAUGAACUGGCAGAAGAAGCUCCGUGGUCAGCGCGUGCUCUUCUGGUGCUCGCGCAACAUCACGCUGUGGAGCAGCAUCUCCUUCAACCUCGCCGUGCUCAUCAACCUGCUCGUCGCAUUCUUCUACCCCUUCGAGAGCAGCUGCGGCGGCCCCCUGGAGCCGCACUUGUCGGGACUGCUGUGGACGGCGACGCUGGGCUCGCUGGCCAUCGUGCUGGCGCUGCCGCGCCCCCACGGCAUCCGCGCGCUCAUCGGCUCCGCGAUCCUCCGCCUCAUCUACUCGCUCGGCCUGGAGCCCACGCUGCUGCUGCUGGGCACCGCAAACGUAUGCAACAAGGUGGUGUUCCUGGUGAGCUUCGUGGGGAACCGAGGCACGUUUGCCCGCGGCUACCGAGCGAUGAUCUUCGACGUGGAGUUCCUCUACCACCUCUUCUACCUGACGGUGUGCGCUUCGGGCCUCCUCCUCCACGAGUUCUUCUACAGCCUGCUGCUGUUCGACCUGGUGUACCGCGAGGAGACGCUGCUCAACGUGAUCAAGAGCGUGACGCGCAACGGCCGCUCCAUCGUGCUCACCGCCGUGCUCGCGCUCAUCCUCGUCUACCUCUUCUCCAUCGUCGGCUUCCUCUUCUUCCGCGACGACUUCAUCCUCUCGGUCGACCGCUCCGGAGCGCCGCACGGCGCCGCCGACAGAGGCCCCGAUGAGCCCCGCUACUGCAGCUCCGACAGCGUCAACUGCAGCGGCCCCACUGUGCAGCACUACUCCAGCCGGCCGGCGUCCGCACGCGACGUGUCGUCAGGCCGCGUCGAGACGGACUCGUCGGAGCGAUCGUGCGACACGCUCAUCAUGUGCAUCGUCACCGUCCUCAACCAGGGCCUCCGCAACGGCGGCGGCGUCGGUGACGUCCUGCGCCAGCCCUCCAAGGACGAGCCGCUGUUUUCCGCGCGCGUCAUCUACGACCUCCUCUUCUUCUUCGUCGUCAUCAUCAUCGUCCUGAACCUCAUCUUCGGUGUCAUCAUCGACACAUUCGCCGACCUCCGCAGCGAGAAGCAGAAGAAGGAGGAGAUUCUCAAGACGUCAUGCUUCAUCUGCGGCCUGGAACGAGACAAGUUCGACAACAAGACGGUGUCGUUCGAGGAGCACAUCAAGGACGAGCACAACAUGUGGCACUACCUCUUCUUCAUCGUCCUCGUCAAAGUGAAGGACCCCACGGAGUACACGGGGCCCGAGAGCUACGUGGCGCAGAUGAUCAAGGAGCACAACCUGGACUGGUUUCCGCGGAUGCGCGCGAUGUCGCUGGUGAGCGCCGACGGCGAGGGGGAGCAGAACGAGCUGCGCGGCCUGCAGGAGCGGCUUGACGCGACGGCGCGACUCGUCACGGCGCUCUCCUCCCAGCUGUCAGAGCUCAAGGAGCAGAUGACGGAGCAGCGCAAGCACAAGCAGCGGAUUGGGCUCCUGCACAACCCCCCACACCUCAACGUCCCGGCAGCACCACAGCAGCCCGCGGCUUGAGCACUCGCGCGCACACGCACACACGCACGUGGUACGCACACACACACACACGCACACACUACAAAGACGAAGAUCCCCACUCGCCCGUCCAUUAUAGCCUUCAGCACACCGUCGGGACAAGUGCAGUUCGCCGAGCAAGCCAGGGAGGAACGACGCGCGGUACACGAUGGGAUGGGCGGAACAGCAUCACGCCCGGCCGUCUUUGUCUCACCCAGUGGCAACACUGACGCACUACGGCACGAGCAACAGGAUUCGUCGACGAGAGAUUGUGGGAGAGGCGACCUCCACGGGGGUCGUGGUGUUGGUGGUGGUUCGACGCUUCACGUGGCUUCAAAGUGCACCGAGCAUGGCACAAGCAGCGUGGUGACGUCGCCGCCACUUUAUCGUUGGUAUUGGUGGUGGCGGUUGUGGCAGUGGCAGGUCGCGGGACGCCGUUUGCCAAGAAUGGACGCGGCACGUGUUGCGGCACCUCCAAACGCACUCGCGAGGCCACGACUUCCACGGCGGGGAGGCAUCGAAUCCGACCGCUGAAAGUGUCCGCAGUGGUGCGUGGCGAGAGCACGAGAGAGGAAAUGCGCUGAGCAACUUGGGGAACAACUUGGGGAACAACUCGGGGAACAACUUGGGGAACAACUUGGGGAACAACGCAGGGAACAACUUGGGGAACAACGCAGGGAACAACUUGGGGAACAACUUGGGGUACAACUUGGGGAACAACGCAGGGAACAACUCGGGGUACAACGGUCGGCACAAAGCGGGGAACCCGCGCUUGUCAAGGAUGAAUUAUUAUUUUUUUCAAUCCUAAACAAUUUUUCCAUCCGUUUCACGGAGCGGAAUUAUUUUGCAUGAGGUUUCUUUGCGUGGUCGUGCUGCGUCCUGAUUGCGAUUAUUGUCGUCAUUAUUGUUGUUGUUGCUAUUAAUAUUGUUGUCGUCGUUGUUAACAAAACUUGGGCGCGUAAUUUAACCCUUGCUGCUGCUGCUGCGGAAGAGGAGGAUAAGGAGGAAGAGUUCGGCUUUUUCUCUCUGUCUUGCGCAUAACCGCCUCCUGUGUGUGGGGGGGGGGGGGGGU